AUGGCUGAGCCAGGCAGCGUCGCCCCUAUCAACCGCGUUGCCGCAGAUGGCUUUAAACUCUCCCUGCUUCUCAACGCUGUCAGCUCCGACGUCGCAAAUGCAGGGCUCGAGGUCCAAGCCAUCUCCAAGGGCGUUACCUUGUUCUCGAUGAUGCUAAAACACACCAGCCAAGUUCUGCAGGCCGUGGACUCGGUCCAUUCUCAAGAAGCGGUCGAGACAGCUCAGUCCAUAGCGGAUGAGGGCACAAGAGCAUUCGACGAAAUCAAUGAGAUGUUGGAACGGGUGCGCACGGCGCAACGUACGGACGACGCAAGUUCUUCCCCAGUUCAACAAAGGUUCAAACGCACAUUCAAGAAACAUCGAGUCACAUACCUGCUUGCACAGAUCGAGAGUCUGCAAUUAAGUCUGUCGGUGAUGCUGCAGAUCCUCCAGCUGGGGAGAUUGAUGGCGUCCACAUCCCGAAGCGACCCGGAAGAAGUAGUCGCCGUGAAGAAAGAAGCUAUCAAUCAGGAACGUGCUGUGGCCCAAAAUGCAGUCAUUGUUCGAUAUUGGCAGAUGAGCAACAUGGACACUCUGUUUGAGGCUUCGCAGAGGGAGGAGGAGGAGGAUAGGCGCGCGAGUCUCAAUAGUUUGAACUUGGACGAGAUGCCGUCGCCCCAGCAAGCGGAUGGCUCUGCCUUCGAUCAUGCCACUUCGAAUGCUUUGGUCAGGCUCCCGGUAUUUUCUUUGGGUGAAUUGGACCACACUCUCCAUCAGAUCAAACACUCUCCACGGGACAUGGUGCAAGUCUCGAAUCAAGCAAUUGAUCCGCUACUGGAAAGGUGGACGAUCUGGCGCGAGGUCCGGGAAAGGAGGCAUAACCGGCACUCAGGUGGGAAGUAUGUGCCCUCGGUCGACAACCUCACCGAAGAUGAAGAUGACAUGGCAUUCUUUGAUAGAUUCGGAGGAAGGGAAGAUGGCGCUCGUGGGUAUUAUCUAGAGGGGACCACCACCGACUGGAGAAAGCCCAACUCUUCUUCUGCACGGCAUGAGGCGUUCAAACGGCGGAAGCAGUAUUCUGGUUAUCAGCCAAGUGUAAGUGCGGCGAGCAGCGACGUGGAAGACUCCCCAGGAGGCAGCACUAGCUCGAAAAAAAGAUCUUCAAGACGACAUGUCAUUGACUCCGGAUCCGAGUCAUCUCCCUCUGAGCAGGAAAUCGCUCAGCCGAAGCCGCGGCGACGGAGUAGUGGCAGCCGCACGGGGGAGCGAAAGGUGCAAGCACCCGAUGGCAGUGCUGCCGCAGCGCAAAAUCCGACGAUACCAGCAAUUCAACCACCAGCAUGGGUGGCAGGAAACAAUGGUGGCUCUACUAACCGUCCCCCAUCUACUCAGCCGUCCGUGGCAUCAGGUCAGUCCACCGCAUCAAGACUGUCCUCUCCAGCAUAUCAUCCACCUGGACAUAGACCUUGGGCAUCACCGGAGCAGAACAUGGCACAUCACAGCAUUUCCUCGCCUUUGCUACCAGCUCCGACAUUCAACGGUCCAAACAUAUACGGUCAUUCUCCGACGGUGGGCUUUCCCCGCCAUACUGGGCCUCUACAGCCUCAGCAGCCUCAACAGCUCUCCCCGUACCCUUCCUCCUCUGCAAGCUCACGGUAUAUGACUCAGCCGACCACACGAAUGGGCUUACCACCUCGACCAGGCUCACAGGAUGGUAAGGCCGCAAGGUCACCGUCGCGGAUGUCGCAGCAGAGCAUGCCAACACGUGCGCACGACGAGAAAAGACACUCGAGGGAGAAAUCGAGCCGACAAAACUUCAAAGAAAGUGCUACCAAAGGUCUGCUUGGAGCCGGAGCGAUCGCUGGGUUCCUGGAAGCUUUAGAGGGAUUCAGUCUAUGA